AUCAGAUGAAACCAACACGGUGUGCUGGCUUCUUCGAAGAACGUAACCGCCUCUAAAUCUACGCGAUGACGGUGCCCGAGUCCAUCAACGACAAUGUCACCGCGGAAGAGCGACUGUUCAAGUUACUGGAAACCGACGACAGGAGAGGGGCAUUAGAACUCACAAAAGUUGUUAACACGUUCGCAACACAAAAUGGGUUCUCUUUACUGCAUAAAGCGAUAAUACACGGAAAGAUACGAGUAAUGGGUGGACUUUUUCACAGAACGCUCGAUUUCGUAAAAUUGUGCUCCAUGAAAGUUGACAAUGAAACCAGUGAAUAUCACGGACUGACCGCUUUGCAGAUAGCCAGGAAAAUGAAAGCCGAGAACGCCGUUAGCAUCAUUAGAGAAGCUGAUGCUGCUGAGAAGGAAGAGUCGGUGCUGCAUAAAGCUGCAAAAUGUGGGAACAUGAAAGAAGUUCUAAGACUAUGUGAAGAAACAUUCAAUGUAAACGUAGUAGGAAUGUUAGGGGAGACUGCCCUACAUGUCGCAUGUGCAGCCGGCAACAUAGAAUGUGUUAAAGCUCUUAUAGAACAGGGCGCGGACUGGAAAAUUUCUACAAAGAGAGGCAUCAGUCUCUUGUCAAUGGCGUCUAGGUGGGGACAUGUUCCAAUUGUUAAAUACCUGUUAGAAAACUUCCCCGAAAUUGAUGUAGACAUGGUAGAUGGUAACUCGGAAACAGCUUUGCAUGGGGCGGCAGACUAUGGAUGUUUGAGUAUAUUCGACAUGCUGUUGGAAAAAGGCGCCAACAUCAGCGCCAAAAACAUGAAAGGCGAGACACCGCUGCAUUUUGCUGCACACAGAGGGAACUCGGACAUUGUUAAACACAUAUUGGUGAAGGGCACUGAAGUUAAUACUGCAUCAUUGGAGGGGAAUACCCCACUUCACUACGCAGCUGAUGGAGGGCGUCUAAACGUUGGGAUGUAUUUGCUUAGUGAGGGGGCUAUUCCUGACUUAGGGAAUGGCAAGGUGUAUACUUCGGUACACUAUGCAGCGCAAAAUGGACAUAAAGAAUUCACAGAACUUCUCGUGCAAAAUGGAGGGUCAGUCAAAGCCGCGGGAGCUGAUGGAAACACCCCGUUACAUUUAGCUGCAUCAGCCGGUCACUUGCCUAUAGUGAAAUUCCUAGUCAGUCAAGGGGCCGACAUGGAUGCUAAAAAUGAGAAUGACUGUGUACCUUUACAUUUCGCCUGCCAACACGGACGUCAUGUUGUAGUCGAAUUUAUGGUGAACAAAGGGGCCAGUGUUAAAGCGUUGUCAGAUAAGAAACAUACAUUAUUGCAUUUUGCUGCAGAGUAUGGCCAGCCAAGUGUGAUGAAAAUCCUCCUAAGACGAGAGCCUUCGUUGUUGGAGGCCGUGGAUGUUGACAAUGCUACAGCACUUCACCAUGCUUCAAAUAAAGGACACUUCGCAGCUGCCGUUGAACUCUUGGAAGCUGGCGCUAAAGUUGAUGUUCUCAACAAGUUCAAAUCAACACCGCUACACUACGCUGCCUGGAAAGGCCACAUGCACAUAUUGGAACAAUUACUGAUGCAUGGCGCUUUUGUCAAUGUGCCCAACAUCCAUGGUUCGAUGCCGCUCCACAUGGCAAUAGUAAAAGGCAAUAAAGAUAUUUGUGAGUUGUUAUUGAGUCGAGGUGCUCAAAUAUCGGCCGUGGAGAAAAGCGGAGACGGGGUGCUUCACGUAGCAGCUGAAAAGGGACAUUUACACAUCAUGAAACUUCUGCAUCAAAAGGGAGCAACCAUAGAUGCCAGGAAUCGAUCAGAUGAGACCCCACUACACUUUGCUUCCAUGAAAGGAAACCUAGAGAUGAUUAAAUAUCUUGUUGAAAAUGGUGCUGAUGUAAACGCCUGCACAAAAGAUAAUGAUACACCUAUACUCUUUGCAACGGCUAACGGGUUGCGUGACACUGUCGAAUUCCUCAUCAAACAUGGGGCUUCUUUGAAUAUUGUUGGGAAUGAGGAUGAAGAAUUUCACACAAGACUUUCUCCAUUGCACUCAGCAUGUGCGUUUGGUCACCAGGCCUUGGUAGAAUUAUUACUUGAGCAUGGAGCACCCCUCGAAUAUCCUGCCUGUAGACUGUCACCUUUGCACUGUGCUGCCAUUAAUGGUAAUGUGGUUAUCCUGAAUUCGCUAUUACAAAAGUCGAGCAAUAUAAAUCAGAUCGUUCUACAGAAUGACUGGGAGCUCACUCCUUUACACUUUGCUGCAACUGAGGGACAUACCGCUGCUGCUGAAUUUCUUGUCAACAAAGGGGCAGCCUAUGACGAACCUCUGACAGAUAGGCCUCUGCAUCGCGCUGCUGCGAACGGGCACUUGAGUGUAGUGGAGUUGCUGCUUUUGAAAGAAUGUGAAGUGAACGCCAAAGAUUUCCAGGGUUGGACACCGCUACACGCUGCGGCCUAUGGUGGACAUGAAAAAGUGGUGAAAAUACUCCUAAAGAAAGGUGCUGAUCCAAAUCAACUCAACGAAAUUCUAAGAUCGCCAUUGCAUUACGCUGCAGAAAAGGGACACCUUGAGUCUGCAAAACUGCUUCUUGACUACGAUUCUGAUGUCAACUUGAAAGAUCGAACAUAUGAAACUCCAAUGAGGUUAGCUGGUAAAAAUAAACACGCAGACAUGGUGGUUCUACUCCAGGAACGCGGAGGAAAGGAUUGCAUUGUACAAUAA